AUCUCAUUGAAUCCGGACAUCAAAUCUGAUCCAACGACAGCACCAAAGACAGUGAGACGAAGAAGUGGUGAUGGGUUUCGCAGAGGAGUGGCGCCCAUAUUCCUGCCGGAGUCGCCCCAACGGCCACUGAUUAAGCUGAUGCUUAUGGUGGGAACCGUUUGCUGUUACGCCAUGUGGUUGACCACGUAUUUGGCGCAAUUGAAUCCACUGUUCGGUCCGCAGGUCAACAACCAAACCAUGGCUCUCAUGAGGAAAGUGUGGUCUUAG